AAGCAUGUGACAGAUUAUGAUACCUCUGAGAAGCCUUAGGAGAGCAUUAAUUAAACUUGUAUGACUGUACUGUAAACUAUAUUUUCAUGUAACGCUAACAAGGUUCUGUUGUUCAAAUCAUUCCUCUUGUGUAUGCUAUUUAAUGGCCGAACUUGGCAUUGAUUUCUUGUGACAGCUACUAGCUAGCUACUGACCGUAGCUACUCACACUGACAGUAAUACUGUUGCCCCAAACAGUUUGUUUGACCUAGCGAUAGCUAACUAGUUAGCCAUCUGGUCACUAAUGUCAUCAUGUAUUCGUUCCACCGGUCCAUGGUGUUGAAUCUGGUUUCUCACUGUAAAAACCUCACGUCGCGAUAUAUCGGAUCUGUUCAGAAGGUGAAGCGGCAUGUUUUGAGAACACGCCAAGACGAAAAUCCAGUGCUUCUCUACGCAACAAUGGCGAGAAGGGCGACCAAACGCUGCCUCUCGAGCUCAGCACACUGUCAUUCUAGCACCGGGCCAAUGGACGACAUUAACCGAGUUAAGAGGGUCUCUAUUGAAGGCAACAUUGGUAAGUGUGAGCAUGAUUUUCAGACAGUUGAAGUAAACUAAAUAGAGGUGACAAGAGUAGAGUAUUGACUUGGCAGAAACUGAGGUUUUGUUUGAAACUGUUAGUGAGUCGAAUGAAGCUAAUAGUAGAGAAAGUGAGAAUGAGUGGGUUACAGUGGCGAAGAAAAAAGAAACGACAAGUAAAGCUGUGGUGGAAAAUAGGAAACCACUAGACUGGUUUUUAGUCGGAGUCAGGGUUUUGGAUCAAUGUUACUUGGGAAAUCCGUUUAACUUCUCGAGGAAAAUCUUGAAUGUGUUGGAGGAAAGUGUGGAGUCGGUGAGUCACAAGAAGUGGUCUUAUUUUGAUUUUUUUGUGUGUCUGCUGAGCAGAAGCGUGUUUUAAGACUCAAAAAGAUAUCUGAGUGGAAUGUUUCCUGUAUGGAUUUUCGUAACCGGGUUCGCCUAUCAAGGGGUUUAUUUCUGGGGUGGCGCAAGAAAUAAAGGCAGAGGAUAUUACUGAAGACAUCGAUGGAGUGGUUGGUGCACGUCGACUGACCUGUAUUGUGGAUGGAGAAAAUAAAUUAACUUAAUCCAUGCUACUGUUCUUUGAUGAAGAGUCUCUCCCUUCUCAUAUAAAGUUAGGAUUCAUGAGAUACCCUGUAAUAGAUUUUGUGCACAAGCCCCUUCAGUGUCAUACAUGUAAAAGUGCAGAAGGGAAGAGUAUCGUAUGCUAGAUGAAAUGAAAUUGUGGAGGUGAACAUGCGCCUGAGUUCCUGGAGUGCCCUGUUGGGGUGAAGGAGAAUGAGGUGGUAAGGAGUGUCCAGUGUGUCUCCUAUCUAGAGGCGGGGAGAAGAACGAGUGGCUGAGAAGAAACAAUGGUACCACCACGACCAGUGAAGGGUUCUCAUCAACUGAGGGAUAGUGAAAUGCUACAUGUUAAAAAGGUGGACUUUGUAUUAUUUAUUGAAAUGGUCAUAAGCUGUACAGCACAAGCGGAGAAGAAGCCUAAGAAAAUUGGAAUCAUUGUGAAUACCGCUGAACGUUUUUUGGGUCUUCGUGAUUCACAGCCGAUGCCGAGCAAGAUUUACUGUCGGUGAAUGUACCGCCAUCACAGCCCCUGAGCCUGUGUAGAGAUGUAUUUUGGAGUGGACCGUGAUUGAAGAAGUGGGAUGGGUUUUCUUAGUUGACGUGUUUUAUUUUGUAUGAUGUCGUUUUCCCCCUUUCGCGCAAUGUUUUUGUAGUUUCUUAUUCAAUACCCCGUCCAGCUGGUGGCGGUAAUGCACCAUUAACGUUGGAUGCCAACCGCCGGUAAAGAAGAAGAAGAGCAUUGACUUGCCUGGUUUGGUGAUGCUAUUCUUGUUCUAUGCCAUGUUCAGCGGUAGGAAAGUCGACUUUCGCGCGACUCCUGCAGUUUGCUGGCCAAGACUGGGAAGUGGUUCCCGAGCCCGUGGGGAAAUGGCAGAGCAUCGAGAGUGGGUCUUCACAAGUAAGUUCAUCACCAAUGUUGACAGCUUAUGAAUGUGGGUCAUGAAUGGACAAUCAAUAAGAGAGACGGGCUGGGGGAAAUCGUUGUUUAUUGUAUGUAUUAUCUAAUUGCUUGGUCACUUGGUUCUGGCCCAUCUCAUCAGCAGACGGUCGGUAACCUGUUGGAUAUGAUGUACCAGGACCCUCAGCGCUGGUCCUACACCUUUCAGACCAACUCCUGCAUGAGCCGCAUGCGCACCCAGCUGCAGCCACCACCAGCACGCCUGCUCAGAGCAGAGGGCGUCCCUGUGCAGGUCUUUGAGCGCUCUGUGUACAGUGACAGGUAAGAGGAUGGGGAGAGGGCAAUACUAUGUUGAUGCUGCUUCUUGAUACGGUAUUGUUUGUGCAGCUGUACCCAUGCUGCCUGUCUCCAUUGCCUCCCCAUACACAUGCACAUUUAAUUUCUUCAGGUAUAUAUUUGCCCUGAACAUGUUUGAGCUGGGCUGCAUCAACUCUACAGAGUGGGCUGUCUACCAGGACUGGCAUUCCUUCCUGGUGGAACAGUUUGGCCGUCAGGUGGAGCUGGAGGGCAUCAUUUACCUCAGAGCCCCUCCACAGGUACAGCCUUACAUUCACUCUAGUAUAAGUUGCUUUUAUCAAGGGUGACUCACAAGCCAUACAGCAUUUCCUAAAUAUAAUUAUAUAUGAGUAUCCGUACAGAUGUUGAGUACAACGCCGCCAAAGGUUUUGGGAGGUUACAGUUGAUGUUUGUAGUAGAUUUAGUAAGGUUUGGAUUGUGUUUGUGUCCCUGUCAGAAGUGUAUGGAGCGUCUGGAACGACGGGGGCGAGAGGAGGAGAAAGGAGUGCAGCUAGACUACCUGGAGAAACUACACACCCAGCAUGAGAGCUGGCUCAUAGACAAGAGCACUAAGUGAGCACACAACAUGUUUAGACAAACGAACACAUCCUGUUGUUCCUCACUCAGAUAGUUUUUAUUAUGUGAGACUUUCCCUUGAUUGUUAUCUUAUACAUGUUGAAUUUGCGGCAGUGGUAAGUGUAAUUCUAAAGGUUCUUGGGUGUUGUAAUGGUCAAUGUUUUAUGCAGUGACUUUCUCUCUCCCUAGGCUGCACUUUGAACAGUUGACCCAGGUGCCUGUAUUGGUGCUGGAUGCCAGUCUAGAGUUUGAGGAGGACCCUGAGGUGCGGGCCAAACUUAUCACACAGGUAUGUGACUCAUCUUUUUUUCUACAUUCAUGCACAACCACACACACAUACAUGCAAAUACCUACCUCUCAGUGUCUGAAGGUUGUACCACAGUUUGACAGUCAUGUCUAGAUGGGAUACAGCUUUUGUCAAAUUUGAUGUCAAAAUAUAUUUUUGGUGCAUCUUCGCUAACCCACUUCCUAACCUUAACCUAAGUCUCCUAACCUGCUAUGUUAAUUAUACUUACCUGCUGCAGAAGUUCUCUUAAACCUGCUACGAAAAGUCAAUGUUGAUAGAAGCUGUAUCCCUUCUAGACAAAACCCAGUUUGACCACACGGGGGCACUCUUAUGACAGUCUUGCUAGUCUUGCUGUUGGAAUUUUUUUAACUUGACUUCAAAGACCUGAAUUUAUCCCUUUUUUGUUUUAUUUUAUGUCUUCAAUAUUAGUAAGGUGCUAAUGUCAUUAACAUUUUAUGUUAUCUUCACAUUUUAAUAUUUCUGAUGUCUUGUGUGUUUGAUGUUUUGAUAAGUGAAGUAUUUAUCUGAUUUGUAUGAGGUUAUGUCUGAUAUAUUGGGUUCUUGUUGGUCUCUUAUUUCCCUCUACUUAGGUGAAGGACUUCUUCAGUGGACUAUGAGGAACAGUCAGUUAUGCGGCUAUCAACUCCAUGGGAUCAAGAUAUCUGCAACCAUUUGGACCUCAGUCAGUGUAAAUGUAAAAUGUAUAUGGCAUUUACAAAUGUAAACUUGCAACCGUUCUCGGUCUGAUUUAUCCCCCACAUCCUUUCACUGUAUCUUCACUUAUUUUGGGGUAUGACAAACUUCAAAUUGUGGGGUUUCAGUUAGCUAAUUACAGAUUUCAGUAAUAGCAUAUGGGUACCAGAUGCUUUUAACCAUGUACUUUGUUUGUGAAUAUAGAAUUUGAUCUAUAUUGGACCAUAUUCACACAAAUAAAGAAGCAGAUUUUGGAUUGUUACCUGGGAACAGUAAAAAAGUAGGUCACAUUCUGAUGCAAAAUUGUCUGGUCUAGUAGUCUGUUACAGAUUUUGUUUCCCUUCUAUUUUGCUUAAACUUCAAUGUUACUUUGGGUAUUUAGUUAUGUCUUAUUUACUUAUUCCUGUAUUUACUGUGUGUCAGAGUUACAUCCUAUUUUAGCUGCUUUGUUUUGACAUUUGAGUGCUGAGUUUACAAGUUGGAUGUAAUGCAGAAUACUGCAUCAAGAAAUAUUUUAUACACAAAGAAAUUAUGUGGAUGCAUUUUGCAGCCAAAUCUGAUGUAAAAGUUCGUUGGAUCAGUCUAUUUCGUAUAGGCCUACAUAUUUCUUAGAUUUAAGUUCAUAUCGAGUAUAAGCUUUAUAUACCAAUGUCUUUAUUUUAAUGCAGUAUAAAUUGUUUCAGAUUCAGUCGACCAAUUCAACACCAACAUACACAAUAUUGCUGUAGAAACGUGGACAUCGGUUUCGAGAACUAAUCUUGGAGUGAAUAAUUAAAACAUCUAAAACUAAUGUAGGCCUUCACCAAUUUCAAAGGAUAUAUACGUUUUUCAUGUAAAUGUAUUCAAUUACAAUCAGUUAAUAUUGUGCCACGAUCAAUGGAUCCGACACUUUGGAAAGCAUCAAUUGCAUUGCUUUUACUACCGAAUGUAAGUACUUCAAUGGGUUUCGAUUUCAUAAUAGUGAUAGGCAGAAAACCGAUAAAUUGUUUUACUACAGUCAAGAAUCUUUGGUCAUUUGAGUUUUUCAUGAACAUUUUUAAUUAGCUUUUGUUUAAUGUUUAGAAAAAGACAAAGGCGGCCAGGAUGAUGCUGGAAACUUUAGUGAACUAUUCAAUAGUAAUGAAUAUUUAGAAACAAGCAAUGGUAUACAUAAUUGGUUAAUAAAAACGAUGUGUGUCUAUUAGUGGAAUCUUAAAUCUGAUCUCAAAAUUCACGUGGCUUGUCUGGCAUAAUGAAAUGUGUUUAACUAAUAUAGCUGUUUUUUAAAGUGUGAAAUCAAAGGGGUUCUAACAGCUGGGAUCAUACAUAAACUAGGAUUAUAGUCCUACGACCUAAUGAGAAAUGUCUGGACAGUUUCUAAAGACAAUGACCUUGGCUAAAUGCUGUCUUGUUGUCGUCCCUCUGAUGUGCACUGGGGAUCGAUCAGAGGGUUGUUGAGAUGGCUGGGGUCAUCAAAGGGCAGCUGUCCACUAUAAAUGCCCUGUCUGGACUUCUGUCUGCUCACAGCAUCAUUUCAAACCAAGACAAGCUAGAAAGAGGGUGGCUAGUUGUUGCCAUCUCCCUCUUCUCUUUACUUUUCAACGUGACUUAACGCUAUAGUGGAUACACCGUUUCAGUCAAAAAUGGAAGGCUUGGCAUGGCUUGUCCUUUGCGCGCUCCUCAUCUGCUUUUUCAGGCUUGGCAAUUUGGAGAAACUGUCGCACCCUUCCCGGCAUCACAAGAGCGCACCCGAGUCCAGUUUAGGAAAUCUGAAUUCGUACCAUCCCAACAGGUACCCUCUCUACAUGAUGCAGCUGUACCGCUCCUUCAAGACUGCAGACUCCUCACGAUCCACGGCUGUCAACCCCGUCAGUGCAGCGGAUGACAGCCCCUUACUGCGCAAUUCUGACUCCGUCAUCAGUCUGAUAGCAAAAGGUGGGUAUUGGUUUCAGUUUGUAUUAGCCAUAUUAAAACUUGUAUGAAAACUCUAUUGGCAACACUUUCGGGUUAUUCUUAUUGUUUAAUUUGUAUGGCAUUUUGAAUUUGCUUUUCAAACAUUAUUUUACGACAUUAUUGAACUGGCCUUUCAGUUUUACACGUCUUUAACUUGUUACUUUUUGGACCAAUAAUACUUAGUUUGACGUGUGUAUUGUAGUUGAUGAUAAUAUAUUUUGACCUGUAGUUCAAGCAAGCGUCCGAGCCAGGUUACAGAUCUCUUCAGACAUGUCCUCUCCAUCACUGCCAGCCACUUUGGUUGCAGGGUGUCUUAUCUGCGUUUAUCAGAUCUUCCCUCUUUACAACCCAGAAGUGUCACAAUGCUUAUUCGACUUUAAAGGCUUUUUCUGUUUUAUGUGAGCUGGUGUGUGUAUUAGCCCCCCAGACUCUGUACAAAGGGGGGUUCAAUACACAUCCUGCUCUCACCCUCUCCAAAGCUUUGACAUUUGUCUAGUAGGCUAGGCCUAGUGGUUUGGCUAGUUUGUGGUUACGUGUGCGUACGUUUUGUUGAUGGCACACUGGCUGUAUUCAGUUGGUUUGCUGACUUUUGUUCGUUUCUUCCAGGUUGCCAUCAAGUGGGUGAGAAAUGGACCGUCACUUUCGACAUGUCCUCCAUCUCUGCGAGUGACGAUGUCCAGCUGUCAGAGCUUCGGGUCAGACUACCAGCUUUCUCCGCCUCCAAGCGCGUCACAUUGGACAUUUAUCACUCGCGAAAGCAGGACUGCGAGUCUGACACUGAACUGUGCCGCGAGGAGCGCCUUCUCUUGGGCAGCUUUGGCGCAUCGCCCAGAGACACCAGGUCUCCAUUGAAGGUUUUCAAUGUGACAGCUCUGCUCAAAUAUUGGCUGCACCAGGGAGACGCAGUGACGGAGAGUCAAGAAGCAAGAGUUGGAGAUGUGAUGGAGGAAGAUCACGGGAGUGGGGUAGAUGGAGACGAGAUCGACAUGCCCUACAUCAAGCAUUUUACGCACCGGCUAAGGAAGGUUCACCAUCCGACAGCCGAACGGGUUAUGAUGGUUGUCUUCUCCAAGCACAACCUGCCUCGGGAUGGCGAGAGCGCACCCACUCUCAUCCAUACUGUGGAGCACUCCAAAUACGCAAUUUUGGACCAAGUCAGCGGUGAAGCUCAAGGGCGACGCCACAAGAGAAACCGAAUGGAGAGAGUGCGGAUGGCCGGCGGAAUUGCAGCGAAUGCUACUGGGUCACUAGCUGAAGCCGUCCAACGCCCACUAUGUCGGAAGGUCGACAUGUGGGUAGAUUUCGACCAGAUCGGCUGGAACGAGUGGAUUGUGUAUCCAAAGCGCUACAACGCGUUCCGUUGCGAGGGCGAGUGCCCUACUCCGGUGGAUGAAUCCUUCAGUCCCACCAACCACGCAUACAUGCAGGUAAGAUAUGAAAACAAAAACAUACCUAAACUUUUACAUUUGGUUUAAGUUCCAAUGCAUAUGUUCAGUGCAGCUUUUCGUAAAAUAUGCUUAUUUUCUUUUUCAGAGUCUGUUGAGACUGUACCAUCCGGAUCGUGUGGGGUGUCCCUCCUGCGUGCCUACGCGCCUCAGCCCGCUGUCCAUGCUGUACUAUGGUGAUGAAGACGUGGUGUUGCGGCAUCAUGAGGACAUGAUCGUGGAGGAGUGUGGCUGUCACUGAUAACCCAGCCAUGUCACCUCACCCUGCAACCAAAAAUACCACUUAUUUAAAAGGCUUCACUUGGAAUGGCAUGUUGUGCGCCAUGAAAUUACUCUUAUUGAAGGUGUCCAUCUGAUUCAAUUUAUACUUCAGGCUGUUUGUGGUCUGUCACAAAUACAGUACUUACUAUCAUUUAUACAGUAGGUCUAUGUCAUCUCAGGUGUUCUCACCUGAAACAACAGCAUUGCAUAUUAGAUGUGUCCUUAGAUUGAACCAAUGUAUUUACUUUAUGAUAAAGGUGCUGUUAUUUAUUUGAAUAUUUCAAGAAGGAAGACUUCAUUUUUUGGGUGCUACUUUGGCUAUAUGCAUUGAUAUCGGCAGUGUUGUCAUGAGUGUUUUGGUAUUUUCAAGAAGUUUAUGAAGGAAUAUGCUGCCAAAAAGGUACCUUAUUUGUUAUAAUG